AUGUCUCAACAAGAUAUGCCUCGACAGACUACUUCCAACCCUACCUUCAAAGUGGACAUGACAUGGAAGAAAUGGAAAGCCAUGAUCUCCGACCUCGACAAACCAGAAGAAGGCCCCCAAUACAUCGUCAGCUUUCCAUGGAACAUGCUCCCAAAAUCAGAAAGCAUGAUCGUGAAAAGAGCCUCCGACGAAGAAGUCGUCGGCACAGGCAAGCUCCAAAUGGUCUCGAUUAAUGCCUACUACAACCUCCACGGCCAAAAGGGCUCCCUGUUAGCACAGAAGCGCUGGCAAACAGUCUACACCCACCGCUCCCUCAAUUUCUCCGAUACCGAUACUCCAGUCACCAUGACCUGGACUAGCGACUACGGAUUCAAGACGUGGGAUUUCGUCUGCGUUGAUGAGAAUCAAAAUCCUGUUGCUAGAUUCUCGGCCAACCAAUGGGCUGUUUCUAAGGUCGGAAAGAUUGAGUUCGAUGGCCCCAAAGCGCAUGACCAGGCUGCUCAGGAGGAAAUCUUUGUGAUUGGGCUCACACUUUUCUAUACAAUGAUCCUUCGAACCACCAACAUUUUCAACUUCUUUGGUGCUAUCUUUGCUCGGCCUGGACAUAAGCAGCAUUUGGAGCCUGAGCCUGAGUCGCUGAAGGUAGCUAACGAGGAAACUAGCCAGCGAGCAGUUCAUUCUUGA